AAGGAGGUUAUCAUUUUUUCUUGUGUACGGGCCAAUCCGCAGGGAGGAACGAUUGGGUUCCUAGCUGACGAACGACGAAUGAAUGUGGGCUUGACGAGGGCACGGCGCUCUCUUUUCGUACUGUGCCAUCGAGCUUCUCUGUGGACGGAUCGAAGCUGGCGAGCUUUCAUCGAAGAUGCAGAGGAGCGACAGUCUUUAGUAGAUACCGGUGGCCGGGACUUUGAUCAGUUGGCAUUGAUGAUGCUUCAGAGAAUUAGCGGACAUACAGUCGAUUGCGCGCUACCCCAGGGACCACGGAUACAAGGAAGUCAUUCGAACAAAAUGCUGAGACAAGGAGAUAAAACAAGUGAGAUCGGUACGACAACCAUUGCAUUGUCACCAAGUAUAGACCCGCCGAGUCGCACCGCAUGCGUCACUGGAUCGGUCAACACCGUCUCGGGUGAUGAUCGUGCGGAUGCGAUUUUGAAAGGCUUGCUCACGCGCUGCGAAAGCAUCCCACCAUUAUCGGAAUCACAAGGCGGAGGGCUAAAUACUAUGCAUGCAUCUAGAAAUGGAAGGAGAGAGAGUAAAUAUGACCCGGA